AUGGCGGCUCGGCCGCCGGCCGCCGGCAUCCAGCGGCGGGGCGGGGGCGGCCGGGCGGGGGCGGCGGCGCGGGGCUGCUCGGGCCGGGCCGGGGGCGGCCGCGACUCUCUGCUGCUCGGCGGGCUGCGGCGGCUCCUGGCGGCCGAGGCGGCGGCGGCGGCGCGGGACGCUCCUGCCCUCCCGCCGCCCGCCGCCCGCCUCCCGGCCGCGYGCCCCGCCCCACCCCGCCCCGCCCUUCGACGUCACCGCGGCCAACAAUGGGCGGCUGCAGCGCGCACGCGCGGGCCGGGCCGGCGGUCACGUGGCAGCCCCGCCCCCGCCGUGGGCGCGGACCCGGGCGCUCGCACGUGCGGGCGCGCCCGCGGGUGGCGGUGCGUGGGGCUCCGGCCCGAGUCUCCCCCGCUGCCGUCGCUCGGGCUUCCCGCUACCCCGCGCCUGCCAGCUCUCCUGGUGCCAAGGACCCCUGUCCGCGCGCGCCCCGGGUCUCGGGCUCCUCUUUCCGAGUUCCUCUCGAGUCCGUGCCCGGCUUCCGAGGCAGGCGCGCUCCUACUCGCCACCACUGGGAAGCUGCGAACAUCCACAAAAGAUUGUCCACCACUUUUGGUCACUUCUCUCUACACAGUCAUCAACACAGGUGCCCGUCAGAAUAUCGAUGAAAGUCCUGGCACUAACCUCGGUGUGAGUCCAGGGACCCUGGCCCCGCACGGAGAAGUCCCGGACCCCCAAAACCAACACAAGGCUCCACACCACCUUCUUGGAAGUGUCUUUAUUCAGGUACAGUGCCCACUGCAGCUGUGUCCCCUACCAGGCAGCACCCCUGGCCUCAGGGUCACAGCAAGCACUGAAGCCAUCAUCCUCACAAGAACCCAGUGCCAGGAAGAGGAGCUGGCCCCACAGGAGCUCCCCUGGCAGCCUCGUGGGAGACUGGCCCCGUCUGGCAGCCCAGGGAGUGAGCAGUCUUCCUGUGCCAAGGGUUUGUGCUUUGAAAGGUGACAGCAUCAACCUGGCACCCCAGGCCAUGGCCCUGAGGGCAAGGGGGACAAUGCGGGUCUAACAGUGACCUUAGUAGGGGAUCCCACAAAUGAAGGGGUCCCUUCUUCGGCCAUCAUACCAGGCUCAGCCCCCAACUGCCAGGGGUAGUGSUGGCUGAGCCCCAGGGGGAGCCAAGAAGGUGCUGGCCUCCCUCUUGUCCAGCCUGAGAGUGACCACAUCCUGGCUGGGGCAGCAGGGGAGCCAAAGGACAACUAGUGCUGUGAGCAUCAGGGCGAUGGAGGAAGAAGCAGGGCCUAACUGGGCCCGGGCACCUCCAAGUCACAGCAGGGGUGGUAGGGGUAUCCAAGCAGUGGCCAUUCCCUUUGCCACUGUGCCACCACAUUACUCUCAGRGGUGGCUAUUGUGGGGGCCACACCCAAAGGGCCAGCUCAUUUCUCUGCAGCUGGACUAGGGAUCUCCCUGGCACCGCAGGGGAACCUGGGUGUAGCCUGGGUGCUGCCAAGCACCUGCACCGAGGCAGGGCAGCGGGUUUCAGAAAGCUGUCCCCAUCACCUCUGCUGGUGGCCAAACAAAGGGUCAAACAGCCAAGUUCCAGCCCCAUUUGUAUCAUCGAUUUAUUGAGGGAAGUGACCUCCUAGGUGGCUGCUGGCUCUCGGAUGCCCUCACUGGGGUCACCGGCCCUACCCAGCUGGGUGGCAGCGCAGGACCAUGGUCACGAUGCUGGCCCAGAGCAGUGCUGCUCACACUGCACUGGAAGGAGGUGGAGCUGUGUUUCUGGAAUAUUUCCCUGGCUCCUGGACAUGGCAACCGAAGGACCUCUGUGUGACCAGCUCCAGGGCACCGAGGGACGGGUGCGUCUGCUGGCACCUCUCCCAUGUGGAGGAGCUUGGGGCAGAGACCACGGGGACAGGCUGGGGCACCACAGGCCCGAGUCCACACGCGGGGGCCCCCAGGCCCCCAGAGAAGAGCCAUGAUGGAGGGUCCACCAGGCAGGGCUGCCCUCAGGCGCCCCGUGUUGAGGCCCAGGGGAGGAGGGGCUGCCCUCCUCCCAGACUGUGCCUGACUGCUGAGCCUGGUCCCCAGUGUGGCCCAGGGCCAAGUCUGUAGGUGGCCGUGUAGAGGCGAGCUGGUGGCCCUGCAGCACAGGGCUCUCAGGCAGGGCGUCUGCAAAGGAUGGGGAGGGGACGCCGUCAGCAAGGUGACUUGGGACAGGAGCAGGCCUGGCGAGGCGUGCUCCCAGCUGCCACCUGCACACCAGGCUGGGGUGCUCUUGCACUGACCCCACUUGCCAGCCAGCCUUGGCCUCAGGUCCCAGAGCCUGGCCUCCUGGUGGGGAGGGCAUCAGCCGAGCACCUGCUCUAGACACGCUCCAGCUCCUGGUCUGGCUCCGGCU